UCCGCGCAUGCGCACAUCAUUCUUCACAAUAAAGGAAACAUCUGAAUUGUGCAGCAGAGACGACUACUUCUGUGUCCGUUUCAAAUGUAUGACUCGAAAGAACAUGUCAUAACAUGCUAGGUAACAAAUACGUCAAGACUGACUCAGAUUAAGUCUGAGGCCGGUAACAUCAACAGUGAGGACAAACCCAGCCUGCCUCUCCUUCCACACUGAGUCCAAACCUACAGUCACUGGGUCCUGAUUGUGACAGUGCAGCCCAGUUUGCACUGCAGGAUCCAGAGAUGGCAUCAGUGAAGCUGGAAGACUGCAGUCAAACACUGGAGCUGAAUGCCAACAUUAAAGAUGAAGAAGAGGAGGAGGAGAUUGGGGAAUCUGUUAGUCAUGGACGACUAGAAUUAAGUCUGAAGCCGGUAACAUCCACAGUGAGGACAAACCCAGCCUGCCUCUCUCCUUCCACACUGAGUCCAAACCUACAGUCACUAGGUCCUGAUUGUGACAGUGGAGCCCAGUUUGCACUGCAGGAUCCAGAGAUGGCAUCAGUGAAGCUGGAAGACUGCAGUCAAACACUGGAACUGAAUGUCAACAUUAAAGGUGAAGAAGAGGAGGAGAAGAUUGGGACAUCUAUUUCUCAUGGAGACCAUGUUGAGACAUUCUCUACAUCCAGAGAGCAACAGCAGGAAGAUCACAGAGCUAAGAGGUCUCACCACUGCCCACAUUGUGAGGAGACUUUCCCAAUUCUAUCAAAGCUAAAAAUACACCUAAAAAUACACACAGGAGAGAAUCCGUAUUCCUGUACUGACUGUGGGAAGAGAUUCAAAACAUCAAGGAAUCUGACAGUUCAUCAGAGUGUGCACAAUGGAGUGAAGCCUUACUCCUGCUCUGACUGUGGGAAGAGUUUUUCUCGAAUGAACUUCUUAAAAACACAUACACGUAGACAUACAGGACUGAAGCCUUACUCCUGCUCUGAAUGUGUAAAAUUCUUCACAACAUCAGCUGAGCUAAAAGUUCAUCAGAGAACACAUACAGGAGAGAAGCCUUACUCCUGCUCUGACUGUGGAAAGAUUUUCUCUCAACUUGGCCCCUUAAAAAGACAUGAACGUAUACAUACAGGAGUGAAACCUUACUCCUGCUCUGACUGUUUAAAAUGCUUCACAACAUCAGCUGAGCUAAAAGUUCACCAGAGAACACACACAGGAGAGAAGCCUUACUCCUGCUCUGACUGUGGAAAAAGUUUCUCUCAACUGAUUCUCUUAAAAAGACAUGGACGUAUACAUACAAGAGUGAAGACUUACUCCUGCUCUGAUUGUAUAAAAUGCUUCACAACAUCAGGUCAGCUAAAAGUUCAUCAGAGAACACACACAGGAGAGAAGCCUUUCUCCUGCUCUGACUGUGGAAAGAGUUUCUCUCUACUGUGCAACUUAAAAACACAUGAACGUGUACAUACAGGAGAGAAGCCUUAUUCCUGCUCUGACUGUGGAAAGAGUUUCUCUCUACUGUGCAACUUAAAAACGCAUGAACGUGUACAUACAGGAGUUAUUUCUCACCGUUGAUCUGACUCUAGAAACUGUUUUAAAACAACAGCUGAGCUAAAAGGUCAUCAGAGACAGACACAGGAGAGGAACCUGACUUCUGCUCUUAAUGUGGCAAGAGUAACUCAAGUGAAAGUCACCAAGUAGAAUACCACUUGAGUAAAAGUAUUUGGUUUUAAAUAUACUUAAGUAUCAAAACUAAAAGUAUGAAUCAUUU